AUGGGCAAAACUGAUGUCCUCCUAAAUGGCAUUCCCGGCAACUGGAUUCAAUGCAAGAAAGGCAUGCGGCAGGGUGACCCAGCCUCGCUCUACCUGUUCCUCAUCGUCGCAGAUCUACUGCAGCAACUCAUCAUACAAAACCCCGAGCCAGAUCUCCUCCACCAUCCCAUCUUCACCCACCUGCCUCCCACCAUUCUCCAAUACGCCGAUGAUACACUCAUUAUCGCAGCCGUCUCCCCACUUGCUGCCGCAACUCUCAAAAUAAUCCUGAAUAACUUUGCGCAAGCUACCGGCCUCACCAUCAACUUCUCCAAAACCACCUUGGCUACCCUACACACAGAUGAAACUUUAGCUGAUGCUGCUGCUCUCGCCAUGGAAUGCUCGCGCGCACCCUUCCCACAAAUUUAUCUGGGACUCCCCCUUGCCCCCACCAAGCCCCCCUCCAAUGCUGGCACACACAGAUACUUCUGGCUGGAUACAUGGCUCACUCCAAAACCCCUAGCUACCACCUUCCCACACCUCUUCUCGCACUCCACUCUACAACUGGUUAAAGUAGCUAACAUUUUGCGCCUCGGUAUCGAAGCAAACCUCCGUAAUCAUCUCUCUUUAACAACAGAACGAGAGCUUGCGUCGCUUUUGGCUGUUUUGCAGGACUUCACGCCGUGGACUGAGGAAGAUCAACGGUUUCUGCUCCAGGGGCAUGACUUCUCCACCAAGCAAGCAUACGGCACACUCAUGACUAAGCCAGACACAGAUCCCAUUGCCCCCCUCAUCUGGGGCACCAAGGUUCCUCGCAAGAUCAAGAUUUUUGCCUGGCUUCUCUUCAAAGAUCGCCUCAACUCUGCUGUGAACCUCGCCCAUAAGCACAUAAUCUCCUCCAACAUAUGCCCUCGCUGUGCUACAUCACCUGAAGACUCCACUCACAUCUUCAUCACAUGCCCCCUUGCCAAUAGGAUUUGGCAACGACUAGGCCUACUGCCCUUGUCCGACGACCUCAACGAGCUCUGGGAUACAUCGCUGCCCCAAAAUCUACCCACAAAUGCAUGGUCCUUCGUCCUCCUCGCCUUACUCUGA